AUACAAUCAUAUAACUUGUUUGAAAAACUACAAAAAAAUUAGUGAUAGUCAUUGUAGUGAUAUGGCUCAGGUAGAUUAUCGUGGCGAAGUUGGCAGAUGGUCUCUUCAGGGGAAGACAGCUCUUGUUACCGGUGGAACCAAAGGAAUCGGGUAUGCUAUUGUGGAGGAAUUGGCAAGGUUUGGGGCGACCGUGUACACGUGCUCUCGAAAUGAAGCUGAUAUUAAUAAGUGUCUGCGCGAGUGGGAGACAAAAGGCUUUCGAGUCACUGGUUCAGUCUGUGACCUUUCUUCUCGAGCCCAAAGAAUUGAGCUUAUAAACACAGUUUCUCAUCAAUUCAAAGGCAAACUGAAUAUCCUAAUAAACAAUGUGGGAACCAACGUUAAGAAACCAACCUUGGAGAUGACAGCUGAAGAUUUCUCAUUGGUAAUGAGUACCAACUUUGAAUCUGCUUACCACAUGAGCCAACUUGCACAUCCUCUUCUGAAAGCAUCAGGAGCAGGAAGCAUUGUUCUCCUUUCUUCUGUUUCUGGACUGCGGUCUAUAGGUUGUGGAUCUGUUUAUGAAGCCACUAAAGGAGCAGUGGACCAACUUACUAGAAGUUUGGCAUGCGAGUGGGCAAAAGACAAUAUCAGGACCAAUUCCGUUGCACCUGGGGCGACAAGAACAACUUUAAUUGAUGAUCUUAAAAGCAAAGAUUUGGAAGCUAUAUAUUCACAGACUCCUCUUCGACGGCUCGCGGAACCAGAUGAGAUGUCAUCUUUGGUAGCAUUUCUAUGCCUACCUUCAGCCUCAUAUAUAACUGGACAGACAAUCUAUGUAGAUGGAGGGAUGACUGUGAAUGGAUUGCCUACAUGUUAAUUCGAAAUAAUGAAGAUAGAGAAACAGCACAUAAUAAAGUACUGAAGCUAACAAGCUUAAGGACAGCUUGUAUGAUUGUAUCUAGCUUUCUAGUAUAUUGUACGUUGUUUCACGCACUGACAAGAUCGGAGUGGUUGUGGGUUGCUUUUCUAUGUGCUAG